UAUUCCUUUCAUCUUUCGAAUAAAACUGUCAACAUGAAUUUUAAAACUAAACUACUUUUCCCAAUUUUUGUUUUGUGUUCAUAUUUAUCAACAGCAUUCGUGUCAGCUGUUUCGAAUACUCAACCGGAACAAAUCCAUUUAUCGUAUGGAAAAUCUCCGAAUGAAAUGAUUGUUACGUGGGUUACUUUUAAUCCUACCAACACAUCUACUGUAGAGUAUGGAACAGUUCAAAAAUCUCUAAAUAAGGUCAACUUCGGUACUGCUACUAAAUUUGUUGAUGGUGGAUCAAGCGCUAGGGUACUGUACAUCCAUAGAGUACUACUUGAGGAUUUAGUGCCUGGAACUGACUAUGUGUACCACUGUGGCAGUAUAGAUGGGUGGAGUGCUGUUUAUUGGUUCACAGCAAUGAAAGAAGGUUCUGAUUGGAGUCCGAGGCUCGUAGUAUAUGGAGAUUUGGGCAACUACAACGCUCAAUCGCUGCCUCGCAUACAAGAAGAUGUACAGAAAGGGAUGUACGAAGCAGUGUUGCACGUGGGAGACAUGGCGUACGAUUUGCACACAGAUGAUGCUCUUAUAGGUGAUGAAUUUAUGAGACAAAUAGAAACGAUCGCUGCUUAUCUACCCUAUCAAGUGUGUGCUGGCAAUCACGAACAGGCUUAUAACUUUUCUAAUUACGUGAAUCGCUUCAGCAUGAUGAAUCAAAUGGGUGAGAUAAACAAUCAUUAUUAUAGUUUCAAUCUUGGACCAGCCCACAUAAUCGCUUUUUCAACUGAGUUUUAUUUCUGGUUGAAUUAUGGUUGGGUUCAGAUCGUCCAUCAGUACAACUGGCUCGAAAACGAUCUUAAAAAAGCCAAUUCACCAGAAAAUCGAUCUCAAAGACCAUGGAUCAUCACUGUGGGUCACAGACCUAUGUAUUGCAGCACGAAGGAGCCCCCAUCAACAACAGAUGAUUGCAAGAAACGGGAAGGUGUUAUUCGCAAGGGAUUGCCUAUCUCCCAUUCAUAUGGUUUGGAAGAUCUAUUUUAUAAAUAUGGUGUGGAUUUGGAAUUCUGGGCCCAUGAGCACCAUUACGAAAGGACGUGGCCAUUGUAUGACUUCAAAGUGUAUAAUGGAAGUUACGAUUCCCCAUAUACCAAUCCCAAAGCGCCAAUCCAUAUUACGACUGGUUCUGCUGGUUGUCAAGAAGAUUUGGAUCCGUUUAUGGAUGAACCAGCGGAAUGGAGUGCCGCAAGGUUUCCCGAUUAUGGCUAUACCAGAUUGCAAAUAAUCAACAAUACCCAUUUAUAUUUGGAACAAAUUUCUGACGACCAAAAUGGAGCUGUUCUCGAUACAAUGUUACUUAUAAAGGAUAAACACGGAGCAGAAGCAUGGCUAUAGUUAAUUUUUUUUCAUGCUGCGUAAAUAGUAAAUAAUCUACUCUUAAAAGUGUUCAUUAAACAUUCGUUAAUUUGAAAUCAUGGUGGUUUUUAAGAUUCAUAUAUGAUUGACAUUUUUAAAUCGAAAUUUUUUACAGGAAAAACAUUUGAAAUAAUUGUCUAUUAUAAUUUCACUUCUAACUUAAUGAUUUUUAACUAUUUUGACUUAUUCAUUUGCUUUAAAUUUCCUGAGAAUAGGAAUUAUCGGAAGUCGUAAUCUUCAGCAGAAGGCAUUGGCCCACAUUGGGCUGUCUGGUCAACUAUGAUGAGGUGUGUAAAGUUUAACAUGUUGAAUGAAAUCAAGGUAGUAUAUAUUUUCAAGAAGCUGAUUCACAAAAUUAAUUAUUUGAGACAUUUGUUGGCCUAAAAUUAAAAUCGAGAUCCGAUAUUACUGCUAACGAUAUUUAGUCUUUCAUCUUUCCUUUUGUUUAUUAUAAAAGAAAUGCACAAGAUUUGUAGAGUAUUCGUUAAUAAUGUAUAGUAUUUGUUUUAAUGUUUUGUCCGAAAACCGAUCAUCUCCAAGGUGAAAUUAUUUUUUUAAAUUAUAAUACUAAGUGAUGUUAUGACACAAUUGCAAUAGAAUAUUUUGUAACGGACCAUAUUUUAGUAUUAAAAAGUUCCAUCU